AAUAACUAUCAAAAUUAAGCACGAGAAAAACAUUUGUUGAGGGAAGUUUUAGUGAUGAUCAAAUAUAUUCAUAUGGUUCUUAUAUAAUAUAAAUAACAAUGUUCAUGAGAUUAUGCCAGAACAAAAUUAAUCUUCAUCCAUUAUGUCCUAACUCCCAAGUCCUCACUCUUCCUCAAAGAUAACUAGCCAAUACGGUGAUACCUACAAAACUUUACAUUAUUAUCAUUUGAUCAUGUCUUCUUUGAAAUCAGUUAUGUCUCUUUACUCUAAGUCCAACUUUGAUGAGCUUCAAUGGGUCAUCCAAAUCCGUAGAACCCUUGAAGAAGAGGUUGAUGAAGAUGGUGAAUUCCCUGUAUCCAUCUUCAGCGUUCCGAAGCUCCUCAUGGUUUGUGAUCAAGAUUCUUAUAUUCCUCAGCAUGUUGCACUUGGUCCUUACCAUUAUUGGCGUCCAGAACUGUAUGAGAUGCAGAGAUACAAGCUUGCAGCAGCAAAAAGGUUCCAGAAACAGUUACAAAGCCUCAAGUUGGAUAAUCUUGUUGACCAGUUGACCAUGUUGGAGCAAAGGGUUCGAGCAUGCUACCACAAGUUCUUGGAUUUCAACGGGGAAACAUUGGUGUGGAUGAUGGCAAUUGAUGCCUCAUUCUUGGUUGAGUUUCUCCAAGUUUUUGUGCCAUGCAAGAUGGAACAAAAUUACCAUGUAUCUCAUGAUGCAAUUUUGAGGGAUGUUGUAAUGCUUGAGAAUCAAAUCCCAUUAUUUGUGUUGAGAAAGAUGCUUGAGUUCAAAUUCUCAUCACUAGAAGCUACUGAUGAGAUCCUGAUCUUGAAGUUCAUAAGCCUAUUCAAAGAGAUUUCUCCUUUCAAGAUGGUGGAGGAGGAAUAUCCACACAAUAUUCAAGUCUCCAAGAGUGCACAUCUUCUAGAUUUCCUGUAUCACAUGAUUGUACCUAAUGUAUUAGAACAAGAGCAAGGUACAAUUGAUCAAGUUGAGUUUCAACAAGAAAAGGAAGAAGGAAAUGAAAAACCAAGUGGUGACUCAAGCCAAGUUAAACAACUCUAUAGUGAACUAUGGAAGCAGCUUUCAAAACUAAACAAAGGGCCUGUGAAAAUAAUGAAAAAGGUAAUUGCAUCUAAACCCAUGAAAGUCUUUGUUAAGCUACCAUGGAAAAUCAUAACCAAACUUCCAGGGGCUAAAAUUCUUAAACAACCUCUUGAAUACUUAUUCUUCUCUCAAAAUGAAGGAGAAAGUAUGAGUUCAAGCUUGAAUAUGAACAAACCACCCUUGGUGGAAGAAAUCACUAUUCCUUCAGUUUCAGAACUCUUGAAUUGUGGUGUUAAUUUCUUACCAACCAAGGGAAGCAUAUCAAACAUUAGCUUUGAUGUGAAAACAUGCACGUUGUACCUUCCCACAAUUGGUUUGGACGAUAACACUAAAGUUUUCCUGAAAAAUUUGGUUGCAUAUGAAGCUUCAGUUGCAUGGGGGCCAUUGGUUAUAACCCGUUACACUGAGUUGAUGAACGGGAUUAUAGACUCGGAGGAAGAUGCAAAGAUUCUGAGGGGAAAAGGGAUCAUUGUGAACCACUUGAAGAGUGAUGAAGAAGUGGCUAACAUGUGGAAUGGGAUGAGCAAGUCGUUGAGAUUGUCGAGGGAACCAUUGUUGGAUAAGGUGAUUGAAGAUGUUAACAAGUAUUAUAACGGAAGAAUGAAGGUUAAAGUUAUGAAGUUCAUGAAGGCUUACGUGUUUGGUUCAUGGCAGAUUUUGACGUUCCUAGCUACCAUAUUGCUCUUGCUCUUGAUGACCUUGCAAGCUUUCUGCUCUGUCUAUACUUGUAAAUAUACUUUUAGUGACACUUCCGAGUGAUUAUUUUGAUUUGCACCUUUUUUUUUUCUUAGAAUAAUAAUAAGUAUAAAUACUUCAUUGGAUUUUUUUUUAAAAAAAUUUAUCGGAUCAUA